UCAUCCGGGAACACGUCCGACAGCAGGGACGGCUCGGCAGGCCGUCCGGCUGUCCUAAGGAUUUGUUAGGGUCACCCUUGAACCAAGUGCAUGAUUAUGGGGAUCAAGGAGUCUGAAAGCUGCUUGAUUCACAGUAUCAUUGCUGACAAAGCAGAAUAUCAGCCAGAUAACUGUUUGAAUUUAUACUGUACAGCUGUUUGCUCCGGGUCUUGAACAGUGUGUGCGCUAUUGGAAGAGAAACAUCUGGAAAAGGGCUCAGAUUUGUUUGUAAAUGCAUCACAAACAGGCAGCCCAGAAUGAAGAAAGCAAGCAGGAGUGUUGGCUCAGCGCCCAAAGUGCCCGGAAUAAAUAAAACUCAAACAGUUGAAAAAGUGAAACCAGAAAACGGCUCCUCAGUGUCUGCAGUAACAAAACUCUCAAAAACUGGGACAUCAACCUCUCUGUUGAAGACAAAAAGUAAUGAUGACCUUUUAGCUGGGAUGGCUGGUGGUGGGGUGACUGUGACCAAUGGUGUGAAAGCAAAGAAGAGCACCUGCACAUCUACAGUGCCUUCAGCUUCAGGGACCACCAUGAAUAACCUGGAGAAUAAACCCAAGACUAUUACAGGUACAACUUCCACAACCAAGCGUAGCACUUCAUCUGGAAAUAAGGAAUCUAGCUCUUCUAGAGAGAGAAUACGUGAUCGUUCCCGUCUAAACCAGAGCAAAAAGCUGCCUUUAAUGGGGCAGGGGACUAAUGAUACAGUACUGGCAAAACGCUCUCGAAGUCGUACUAAUCCAGAAUCCGAUGUUCGUAUGAGCAAGUCCAAGUCGGACAAUCAGAUCAGUGACAAAGCUGCUUUAGAAGCUAAAGUGAAAGAUCUUCUGACUUUAGCAAAAACUAAAGAUGUAGAGAUUUUACACUUAAAGAAUGAACUCAGAGAUAUGCGUGCUCAACUGGGCCUUAAUGAAGAUCAGUGUGAGAGUGAUGAAAAGACUGAGGAAAAAGAGGCUGUUGUUGUUCACCAGCCAACUGAUGUGGAGUCUACAUUGCUACAGUUACAAGAACAAAACACUGCCAUCCGAGAAGAGCUCAAUCAGUUGAAGAAUGAGAAUCGAAUGCUAAAGGACCGAUUAAAUGCUUUGGGCUUUUCUUUGGAGCAAAGGCUGGAUAACUCUGAAAAACUUUUUGGUUACCCUUCUUUGAGCCCAGAAAUUGCAACUAGUAACCACAGUGAUGGUGGUGGUACUCUUACAUCUUCAGUGGAAGGUUCUGCUCCUGGAUCAAUGGAAGAUUUGUUGAGUCAGGAUGAAAACACUUUGAUGGAUAAUCAACACAGUAACUCCAUGGAUAACUUAGACAGUGAAUGUAGUGAAGUUUAUCAACCACUUACAUCAAGUGACGAUGCCUUAGAUGCUCCCUCAUCUUCAGAGUCUGAAGGUGUGCCAAGCAUAGAAAGGUCUAGGAAAGGAAGCAGUGGUAAUGCCAGUGAAGUGUCUGUAGCUUGUCUAACAGAACGAAUACACCAGAUGGAAGAGAACCAGCAUAGUACAGCUGAGGAGCUUCAAGCAACACUUCAGGAACUUGCAGAUUUACAACAAAUAACUCAAGAACUGAAUAGUGAAAAUGAAAGACUCGGAGAAGAAAAGGUAAUUCUUAUGGAGUCCUUAUGCCAACAAAGUGACAAGCUAGAGCACUUCAGCCGACAGAUUGAGUAUUUUCGUUCCCUCUUAGAUGAACACCACAUCUCUUACGUUAUUGAUGAAGAUAUGAAGAGUGGACGCUACAUGGAAUUAGAGCAACGUUACAUGGACCUUGCAGAGAACGCCCGUUUUGAACGAGAGCAACUGCUGGGUGUUCAGCAACAUCUGAGCAACACUCUCAAGAUGGCAGAACAAGAUAAUAAAGAGGCCCAAGAAAUGAUAGGUGCGCUAAAGGAACGCAACCACCACAUGGAGCGAAUUGUUGAGUCAGAGCAAAAAACCAAGACUGCACUAGCAGCCAACUUGGAUGAGUAUAAAGCUACAGUAGCCAGUGAUCAGAUUGAGAUGAACAGGCUAAAAGCUCAGUUGGAGCAUGAAAAGCAAAAAGUGGCUGAGUUGUACUCCAUACACAACUCUGGGGAUAAAUCGGAUAUACAAGAUUUGCUGGAGAGUGUCAGACUGGAUAAGGAAAAAGCAGAAACCUUGGCCAGUGGUCUACAGGAAGAGCUGGCACACACUCGCAAUGAUGCCAAUAGAUUGCAGGAUGCAAUUGCUAAGGUUGAAGAUGAAUACAGGGUCUUCCAAGAAGAAGCCAAGAAGCAAAUUGAAGAUCUCAAUAUGACUCUAGAAAAGCUUCGGACAGAGCUAGAAGAGAAGGAGACUGAAAGAAGCGACAUGAAGGAAACGAUCUUUGAGUUAGAAGAUGAAGUAGAACAACACCGAGCUGUGAAACUUCAUGACAAUCUCAUCAUAUCUGACUUGGAAAAUACAGUUAAAAAACUUCAGGACCAAAAGCAUGAUAUGGAGAGAGAAAUAAAGAAUCUUCACAGGAGGCUCCGGGAAGAGUCUGCUGAAUGGCGCCAAUUCCAAGCUGAUCUACAGACUGCAGUGGUCAUAGCAAAUGAUAUCAAAUCUGAAGCCCAGGAGGAGAUAGGAGACUUAAAGCGUAGACUGCAUGAAGCUCAGGAGAAAAAUGAGAAGCUCACUAAGGAGCUAGAAGAAAUAAAAUCUCGCAAGCAGGAAGAGGAACGUGGCCGAGUAUACAAUUAUAUGAAUGCUGUAGAGAGAGAUCUGGCAGCGCUCAGACAAGGAAUGGGGCUGAGUCGCAGGUCCUCCACCUCCUCAGAGCCAACUCCUACUGUAAAAACACUCAUCAAAUCCUUUGACAGUGCCUCGCAAGUUCCAAGCCCAGCCACAGCCACAAUUCCUCGCACCCCGCUCAGUCCAAGCCCCAUGAAAACACCCCCUGCAGCUGCAGUUUCCCCUAUGCAGAGGCAUUCUAUAAGUGGACCAAUAUCAACUUCCAAACCCCUUACUACUCUGACAGACAAAAGACCAAGCUACGCAGAAAUCCCGGUUCAGGAACAUUUGUUGAGGACAUCCUCUACCAGCAGACCAGCCUCGUUGCCAAGAGUACCUGCUAUGGAAAGUGCCAAAUCUAUCUCAGUGUCACGACGAAGCAGCGAAGAAAUCAAGCGAGACAUUAAUGCACCUGAUGGAGCAUCUCCAGCCUCUCUCAUGGCGAUGGGUACCACCUCACCACAACUUUCCCUCUCUUCCUCUCCCACAGCAUCUGUCACCCCCACAACACGAAGCCGAAUAAGUGCCUGCAGAAAGACAUGCCUCAGUCACACUACCACAAGGGUGUUAAUGGAAGAAAGGAAAGACCCUUUAUCUGCCCUGGCAAGAGAAUAUGGAGGCUCCAAAAGAAAUGCCUUGCUGAAGUGGUGCCAGAAGAAAACAGAAGGAUAUCAGAACAUUGACAUCACAAACUUCAGCAGCAGCUGGAACGACGGUUUGGCCUUCUGUGCAGUCCUCCAUACUUACCUCCCAGCCCACAUUCCCUACCAAGAGCUGAACAGCCAGGACAAGAGGCGGAAUUUCACUCUGGCUUUUCAAGCUGCUGAAAGUGUUGGCAUCAAGUCCACUCUGGACAUCAAUGAAAUGGUGCGAACUGAGCGUCCUGACUGGCAGAAUGUCAUGAUGUAUGUUACAGCAAUUUACAAAUACUUUGAAACCUGAAACCCUGGUAAUUCAAGAGAUUUGCAGAGUGGAGCCAACUCUAGCUACCAGAUGGAAACCUGACUGAAAUGCUAAUCCCAGUUUCAUUGAAAACUGGCAACAUUCACAUCUCUCUAACUUCAGUGACACAAUCAAAGCUUGUCUCAAACUGCUUCAGCCAGUAAAGCUUGGAUAACAGCUAGAAGUAAGAAAUGACUACCACAGUGCUUGGAAUAUCCCAAGUUCCUAAAGUAUCCAAAAUAAUCAUGUAGCCUAGUAAGUCUGGACUUUAAAGAACUGCCUUUUCACCAGACAUCCUGAAGCUUUCAUAUUUAAGAGAUUGCAGUAAGUGAAUGCAGUAGCAUAUAGAAGACUGAAUGUAAAGCUAACAUAUGAGAAGGAAAAGAUGACAGAGCAUCAUAAUAACAAUUUCUCUACAAUAUUAGAUACCGCAGAGUCUGGGUGAAUAUUUUACCCAUGCUCACUGCACCCCAGAUGGUAAAAUUCUUAAAAAUAAUUCAGUUACUGCCUUUAUAACUAUUUUUCCUCCUCUAAAAUAUGCACAAUAUUCUAGGAAAAUAAGCUUUUAUUCCAUCAGGCUUACUUGACUGGAGAGUGCUGUUACCAUCUUGACAAAUCUGGCACAGAAGGAUUCUUCAGUAAAUAACUCUGUUCUAAGCCUACCUCUGUCACACAGUAAUGUGGCUUCCAACUUUAUCUAAUGGAUUAUAAGGACUAGCACAUACAAUGCCUGGCAUUCAGGGUAUACUGUACUUGGAUGAAUCCAUAUUUCAUAUAAUUUUGUGCUUCCAUUUUAACUAGUGAGAUGAAUCCAGAAUUUAUCCUUGUACAGCUCGUCCUUUUCCUCCUCCUCUUUUGUCUGUAUAGCACACAGAGAAAUCCUAUGGUUUUUCUUUUACAACAAUACAAGCAUAAGAUGUCACUGACUUCUAACCAUGCCAUUGGAUUGGGAGUCUCCUCAGCAAAGAGAUUUUUUCAGGAAGAAGCAGUAAUGGGACAGUUUUUCUCAGUCUUCCUUUGAAUAUUGCAUGUAUGCUUUUUCUCUCAUCUUGCACAUUGUGGUCUGACUCAAAGAAGACGAGACAUACUUUGAAAAGAACCGCGGAGGGAUUAUUGUUUAUGUAAAGAAUAUUGUAUCCCAAAGCUCAUGCUUGUGAGGAAAAAUUGUAAAGUUUUGUUCUUCUCAAAUUCUGUUCUCCCAUGAAUUCAUGUGACAAAACUCUCUGGGCAAAAGAAUUCAAGCAAGUGCCUUAACUGUCCUUGAGUUGUUAGAUCUUGGCACUUCAGGGCACUGUGCAGAAUAUCAGCAGCUCAGAAACGUUUUCAGUGUCAAGCUGAUGGGCAGUGUUAGCAUAUUUGCUGCAAUCCUAUACAUGUCAAGCCAAGGAAAAGCUUUCUCUCUACCACUGUUUCUGCCAUUUUCUUCCCUAAAUAUUUAUCAACAGUUAAGCCAGAGCAAAGAACCUCUGAUAGUGAGUGAAAGCCUUAUGUUACAAAGUUGGUUCUCUGACAACCUCUAUUUAUAUGUACAUUUAACCUUCCAACUCAACCAUUAGAAAUGAUGACUCCACCAUUCAUAUAUAGCGCCUAUAACUCUUCUAGAGAGUUGAAAUUAAUGUUUUAGAUGUUAACAAUUCCUUGAAUGCAAGUGUGCUAUGAACUGUCACACAGAAAAAACACUGAUUCAGAUCAAAGCUGUAGUCAGGUGGAAAGAGUUUGGGUUCUGAAGAAGGUAACCAGUCUGAAGAAGUGAGCAUUUCCGUGUCUGUGGCAUUUAAAAAAAAGACUUAGCAAACUUUAAUAUUUAAAAAGCUCAUCUAACAUUUAAAUUCUAACAAAUGUCAAUGAAAAUGCCUUCAUCAUAUGUAACAACCACCCCUAAUUAAUUAAUCCAUGUAGAGGCACUUAUAGAAGUUUUCAGAGCAGCAAUUUCUGGUGACUUAUGCUUUACUUCCCCUAGGACUGGGGUGGUUAUCCCUGAAAGUAGGUAAAUAUUCUCAGGCUAUGAAUCAGGAGAAAACUUGCAUAAGAAACUUUAAAUGAAAAAAAAUCAUCUUUAAUAGAAGACUGAAAUUUAACUUUCCCUUCUAAAGCAGUUUGUUUUGGUAUUUUUACUUAUUUCUUGGAACUUAAGUUACAGGACAAAUACAUCAGUUUGGAAAUGUAUGCUGUCAAGGUCACAUGCAUCUCACCAGUGAAUUCCUAUUUUUGCACAUUUAUGCCACAAAAAGCUAUAGUCUCACUUUCCUUUGAAUUUAAGAUAUCUCUCUACAAUUAUACUUUUAUUUAUUGCAUUUAAAAUAGAAAAAGAAAAUUCUUUUGGGUGGAAAUAACAAUACUCUUUUGUGUAAAUGUUACUAGUCGCUCAUUCUGUUAAUAUAGUUUGAUCCUAGGGCUUUUGCUUAUUUUUCUGUUGCAUUGUCUAUGAACUUUAUUUGUUUGGACUCUGUUAUAUCUGUCAACAAUUGAAAUAAUAAUAAUCAUAUAAGUAUUCAUAAAAGAGCAACUCUAGUGUUUUAAAUGCAUCCACGUAUGCUCUGAGACAGAGAUAUUGAUUGGGAGUCUUCAGAGAUGGAAACUUUUAAAUAAUGAACAAAAACCUUGCUGUGAAAUGAACUCUGCAGAUUGCUGGGUGGCAUGGUCUGUCUGUGUGCUUGCUUGCUUGUUUUUUAUGUUUGAAGUUCUACUUGGUGUUUGGUGAUAAACCUGUGCUGUAGGUCAGAUCUGGAAAUAAGCACAUGGCUGAAUAAAUAGGCUUUUCCUAGAUAUGUAUCUGAACAUGUACAAAUACAAUAUUGACAUGGACAGUGCGGAAGGAUUCAAGAAACAUGUGGAAGAAGUAAAACAGAAAUCCUUGCUACAGUUUGUAGCAAAAUGUUCAGAAAGGCUCAAACAAGUUUUCUGCUGUUUAAGUAGAAGAGUAAUGAUGUAACCCUUCUGAAUAGCUAUGAUAUGCUUCAACAUGAUGCAGACUUAUCAUAUACAGCAUCCUGGAAGGGCCAGUUCUGUUACACGUUAUAGAGUGCAGGCUUCUUUCUAACCAACUUUUAUUUUUUGAUCUCUUAAAUAUUUCUGAAUGUACUAAGAAGGCCAAACAUGAUAUGGUAGAUUUUUUUUUAUUGCAUUUUAACAUGUGCCUUGCAAUGCCUAUGUUGUAUGUCAGUGUUACUGAUGACCAUCUCUGCCAGAGAUGCACAUAAGCAAAUUAGGGUUAUCAGACAUUAAUGCAGACAGCUCUACUACUAUCUGAAUGGCAUUAAGGGUGUCUCUCCAUGGCACUAAGAUACCUGGGCUAACUCUCCCUAAUCCAGUCUGUUUCUCAGCAGGGCUAAUUAGCUUGGACAGAGCACAACACUAUUGUAGUUAUUCUACUCCUGGGAAGCAAGCUACAGCUCAUUUACAGCUAGCUCAGGUAUUGUUACGCAGGGGUGUACUGUGCUGUGUAGCGAUACUGUAUGUGAAACAUAUUCUGUAGAAUGUAGAAAUGUCAAAACCCAGUCCCACAGUGUAUCAAGUUUGUGGUGAUGGUAUAUCAGAGAUGGACUGAAUGAACAGCUGCAGCUUUUUAUUUACCUUCAAGUGGCGCUGGGAAGGAAUAUUUUAUUUUUGAUUUUUCAGAAAGACUCAGAGUGUUUUGAUAUCCUAACCAAAAAUAAAAGUGAAAUGGCUUCAGAAUGAGUAAAAUGCAUCUGAAUUGGUUUUCAGGUAUAUUUAACUAGAAAUACUAAUGCAUGAACUUUAGCCAUGUAGUCCAGUAGACUUCAUAAUGACCUUUCAUCACAGCAUACAUGCUAGAAAUUGUGAGCAAAACUUGGUAAUUGAAACCACAUCCCAGAAUGUCAUGUUCAUAAUGACACUACCAUAGAUACAGUUUUACAAAUUUUUGAUAAAGUUUCUCUAGCUUAAGUUGUCUUGUGUAUUCCUAAAGGCCACCUUACCCCCUUCUCCUUAUCCCAUACCCCAUCUCUUUCUCCGAAAGGUCUCUUUCACAGACCAGAACAAAACCACCAAACUCCAUUCUGUUCCACUGGUGUGAGUCCAUAUCCACUCUGUUGACUUCUUCAAUAAUUACUUUGGUUUUACAUGUGUAAACAGCAGAAUUUUGGUUUGCAUGGAGUAGUAGUUUAACCAGUUAUGAAGAGCUGUCUUAGUAAUUACAUUAAAUUGUUUAUCAAAUGUCUUUGCUAUUUUAUGGGUUUUUUUCCCCCUUUAAGGUGACCUCAGUGACAAGUCUAGUAUGGAAUGUGGAACAACAUUCUUUGAUUCUUACAUCUCUAGUUUCUGUGCAAUUUGGGUGGGGGAUAAAGGGGAGAGACUUCACUCUAUUUUAAAUUGAUAAAUAGGAUCGUAUUCUAUUAGUGGCUUUUGUUUUACCUGCUGUGUUCUAUUCAUGACUGUUCUGGGAACAGAGCUUGCCUCUAAGCUGAUGAGUAGGUAUCCCUUUCUGGGUUGCUUUAGGAAUAUCAGUACCUUCAUCUAUUUCUGGAACCUAAAUCAAGUGGCAGCCCCAAGUAUAUUGCUGAGGAAAAAGGGCCUUAGAGUAGUAAUAUAUUUCCUAAAUUAGUUUAUGAUCUUCCUCCAGACUUGAUAUAGUCAAUGAUUAACUAUCUUGCCUUUAUAUUCCUCCAAACCCUACAGUUUCAGUGCCUUGCCUCAAGGUGAAUGGUUAGAGUAUGAAUCCCUUACGAAGGGGGACACCAGCACUGAUUUGAGAUGUGAUUUAGCACAGAGUAUUGUUAAACCGACAUGUCGUUCCUGUGUCUUAGAAGCGCUAUCAUGCAUUUUGUUUACCGCGACAAAUACAAUCAGAACUCUUCAACCACUCAGUCAGCGCACCCAGUCUUUAUGCUACCAGAUCACUUGUCUGGUAAGCUCUCCAGUAAAUAAAAUAGUUAGACAUCUGUAAUGUGAUUAGUGGUCCUAAAAAAAGAUAGAUCUAAGAUUGAAUGUGCUUCUAUAAUAGCUUUUCUUCUGGAGUGUUGCUUACAAGGUGGUCCUACAUUCAAAAGGUGAGUUGUUGUAGUAGAAAGGGUUAUUAAUUGCUUAUUUAAUUUUAAAUAACUCCUAUUAUUAGAGUUCAGAUCAGUUAGGCAUUUCCAAUGAAGCUGUUGAAUUUGCCCUGCCUUUUGCUUUAAUCUGUAAUAUCUAGGUCAGUAACUGAGUACAUUUGGUAACUGUCAAGAGGUAAGUGUGCUAGGCACUUGGAACAUCCGCAAAGUGCAUUCUGGGAGCUAACCCCAAAUCAUUUAAACAAUCUUUUUAUAUACACUUCUGUACAGAAGGCUUGCCCCAUUAAGCAGAGUAUUGAAGUGGUUUUCAUUUUAUGUAUUCUGUGCUUGCGAACUUUUGGGGUAAGAAGCGUUCCAAUUUACUCAUAAUUUGACAGGAUUACUGUUUUAGCAAAUUAAGUUUAUGUGAUUCCUUUCCUUUCAUUGGAAAUAUUUCCCCACAUAUAAAACGGAAUAAUAAUUGUUAUGAUUGUCAGGUGUCUUUUGUCUUCAGCUAAAGCAGUGUAUUUUUCAUUUGAGAUAUUCCUGAGCUUUACUGAUUCAGGACCAUGGUCUGCCAGAGCAUUGCAUACCUUGCAAGUGCUGGGUGCAGAACAACAGUGGGAUGAAUCUCCUACAGAAUACGUAAGGCAGCUUUAUUGUGGGUAAGAUUAUAUUUUUCUUUCUAUCCCCUAUUUUCAGGGGUCUUAGUGUGGCCAAAAUCAUUCACAUGAAGCUGACAAAUGGAAUAUAAGUUCUCAGCUGGGGUGUUUGCUUCUGUUAGUAUUUUUGAAGGAAUAGUUUGUAUUAAAUGAAGUAGAAGAAAUGUUGUCAGGGGUUUAGAUUUAUUGUGCUUUUCUAAUAUUUUGGAUUUUCAACUGAGCAUUUUGUGUACAGUUCUAGAUUAUGAACUGUUUAUUUUGACUUUUGCUGCAGUUAUGUAAUAUGUUGUGUUAUGUGCAUUUCUUCUUUUCAGUGAAUAAUAUGCAUGACUUUGUGCCUAUAGUAUUUAUAUUGUACCUAGAAUGCCACAGCAGACACUUUUUGAGUUAUCACUGCCUCAGAUCCAUAGUUAAUGUACUGAGGACUUAAAGGGUAGGCAGUUAAUGGUCAAAACUCUACUUUUUAAAGUCUGUAUCUUACACAGAAACUCCCUCUUUCCCUCAUGUUGCAGACAUGCAUUCUCUGGAGGCUUUAUUCAUAAGUAAUAUGUAAAUGAUAUAUUUUCAAUUAGGGUGAUGAACUGGGGGCCACUGGAAUGAAUAAAAUACAACUUUCCAUGAUAAACUACCCAAGUAAUGUCUGUCGAAAUAUGUACGUGACCAAUGUUUCAUGAGCAUCCUGAAAGCUUUUAAAUAUGCACACCAACCUUAAACAUAUUACUUUAUUACAGCUUCCUAUUUAGACCAAUAUAGCAUACCAGUUUAUUUGCAAUUUUUAAAAUUUGCUGAAGUUUUCCUAAACAAAAAAAUCUUUUUAUCUCCCAUUGGAUAAAAUAAAUGAGAAGCGUGAGACUUUUAGCUUGUUACAACAUGGAGAGCUGCCCCGGGGUGACUCUGGCCUCUGCAGUAGGCACAUUCCCCUCCCUCCCCCAUUCCACCACAAUGGCUUCCAAGCGUUUUGAAGCAUUCCAGUGACUUUGAAGCAUUUUGCCAUUUGAAUUGUUAUUUCAAACCCAGUUUGUUGCUAGCAGCUGUGUGAAAGUUGUUUAAAACCAAAUUGAUGUGGACACCUCUCCACUGGCUCACCAAAGUAACAUAAUGACACUAAUUGACAUCACCCAGUUGGUAGACUGAGCUAUACGCUGACACUUUAAUGGUACUUUUGAUUCAGAUGUGGCAGUAGUGUGAACAAGCCUUCCCUAGUCUCUUCUGCCCUGCCCCGCAAUGAACAAAAAUGGAUUUUUAUUGUCCAC